UGUGGAGCAUGCAGGCCACAAAGAGCGGAGAGCCCUGUUAGAAAGUGCAAACAAAAGCGAAUACAACAAAAUGCAACGCGCAACUAGGGCCAUUUAAGUGCCGCAACAGCAACAAUUGCAUUAAUUAAGUAAAUUGACGCUAAAAGGCCGGAAGUGUCGCAACCUGACCUAUAUAACACUUACUUGUAUUUACAAUAUUGUUUUGUGUGUCUUUGUACCGAUUUGUUACUCUUCACGCAGCGGAAUUAACUGUGCGUGCGGCGAAAAUGUUCAUACAGGACCUAAAGAAUGACUUUUACAGACAACUAAUUGGCAAACGGAUUUUGAUCAUAGUCAACUAUGACGUCGACGCGAUCUGCGCCAGCAAAAUUCUGCAGUCGCUCUUUAAGUACGAUCACAUGCUGUACACUGUGGUGCCCAUUAUGGGCGUGACUGGAUUGCGACGUGCCUAUUCGGAGCACCAGGGCGAUGUUAAAUAUGUGCUGCUGAUCAAUUGCGGCGGAUGUGUGGACAUUGUGGAGCUACUGCAGCCGGCGGAGGAUGUCACAUUUUACAUAUGCGAUUCCCAUCGGCCGCUGGACGUCUGCAAUGUUUACAGCGAUCGGCAGGUUUGCAUUUUAGGCGAUCCAGCCCUAGAGGAGAACAUACCAGCAUUUGAAACUAUAUUCUAUGACUCGGAUGGCGAGGAUGGGGACGACGAUGAAGAUGGGGACGAUGGAGACAGCGGUGCCGGCGAUUCUGAUGACGGUCAAGCUGAUGGCGACGGCGUCGAGAGGGAGCGCGCGCCCAAGCUCAGCCGAAUGCAGCGGCACGAGCAGCGGGUGAUGCGUCAGAGGGCAAGACGACAAUGGGAAUCGGAACGGGAUCGCAUCAUGUUCGACUACACACAAUUCAGCUAUUAUGGCCGAUCAACGGCUUUGUACAUCUUCGAGCUAGCCUGGAAGCUGUCCAAGGACAACAUGGAUCUGCUUUGGUGGGCCAUUGUAGGCAUCAGCGAACAGCUGCUGCUGGGCAAGAUCGAGAGCGGCGCCUACACACUCGAGCUAGAGCACAUACAGUCGCACGUGUCGCGUCUGACCAACAAGACUAAUGAUCAAAACACAAUGAGUGCCUCGAAGAUCAGCUUUGAGAACGAUCUACACUUAGUGCUAUACAGACACUGGACCGUAACCGAGUCAAUGCGUUACUCGCGCUACUCUGCCUGUCAGCUGAAGCUGUGGACCUUGAGGGGCGAGAAGCGUCUACAUGAGCUGCUCGUCGAAAUGGGCCUGCCACUGGUGCAUGCGCGCCAAACAUACAGCGCCAUGGAUUUGGUUUUGCGCAAAGAGUUCUAUUCUAUGGUGGAGCAGCUGGCCGAGAAGUAUGGCAUACCAGAUAUUGUCUAUGGCACCUUCACGCUCAGCUAUGGCUAUCGCAGUCGUUAUGCUGCCGCCGACUAUGUCUAUGCUCUGUUGGCAAUACUGCAGUCGGUUAAGAAGCAUAAAACACCUGAGGACUGUUUCAUGGAAGCGUUGGAUGCGCUGACCCGCCAGCAUAGGCAGCUACUUAAUGUCGGCAUCGACAAUGCCAAGCUGCUGCAUGCGGCCAUCUUUCGGCAGGUGCAAAGCUGUCUGGAAGCGCAUCAGGUACAUUCGACUGGAUCAUUUUUCUAUUAUGUGCUACAGGAGGAGCACGCCUUCUUCUCUUAUCCAUAUGCGCUGGCGCUGCUCGCGAAAUUCGUGCUGCAUGGUCAUGUAGCAACGACGAGAGUACGCCAGGCACCGGAUCUACCGCUCAUUGCCACCUGCCCGCUAGAUGCGACACAGGGUAUGUGCCUGCUGGUGGGCAUAGCGCCAGUGCGCGAGGACUCGCCAAAGAACUUCUUUGGCAAGGCGUUCGACCAGGCGGCACAGAAGAGCAAGACCAGCCUGCUGCAAGACUUCUUUGAGCCGUCCAUCGUCCAGCUGCGUCAGAGCGACCUGACCCGAUUUCUAGAUGCGUUGACCGUGCUACUCACAUAAGCUCAUUGCGCUCCCCUGUGU